AUGGCGGCUGUAAAGCAGCUAAUUCUUUUCUCCGUUUUGGUCUCAGUUACGGCAUCCAGUGAUGUGUAUAAGCUGGUUAACAGUGAGGUUCAACUGGACACACAAGAUAAAAACAUUGAGUUUGAUCUUUUCUGGUGGACGUUUAAGCACAACAAUAUUAUUCUGAGAUACGACAGUGAGAGUAAAUUCAUAAAGAACUUUGAUGCUUAUAAAGACCGGGUGGAGUUCAAUACUGAAACACUGAGUUUAACACUGAAGAAUUUACAGAAGACUGAUAGUGGACUGUAUGAAGCAAAAACUGAAAAUACUGAGAUCAAGUAUGUGGCUAAUUACACACUGCAUGUUUUGGAUCCAGUGAAGGAACCAGAACUUACUUCUGUUUACCAGCAGAGCAGUGACUCCUGUAAUGUGACCUGUUUAGGCCUCACACUCUCAAUCACCUCAAGCUUUGACAAGAAAACUUGUGAGAAGAGUGAGACAUUAACUGAAGGUGUCUCCUAUACACUUUCUCUCUGUGUUAAUGGCAGCCAUGUCAUCUGUAAUCAUAGCAACCCAGUCAGCUCAAAAGUGACUUCAAAGGAGAUAAAUCAACUCUGCCCUUUUGAGCCUAAACCCAUAAGUGAUGCUAUCACUACUACAGGUGUAUCUGUUUGCCUGCUGAAGAUAGCGCCAUAUUCUGUGGGUCUGGUUCUCAUGAUGUCUGCAGUGAUCACCGUCCACAUUAGAGAGAGGCUCAUCAAACCAAAAAUAGAGCAACACAGGGAAUAAACUGCUUUUCAAUCUAUAUACAAUCAAGGACUUUCAGUUUUGACCUUUGCCCAUUUGUGGGGGAAGGGGUUAAGAAGUUGGGUGGGCAUGGAUCUGGAAAUGUUCAUUGUAAGUGCUAUACAAAUUUUUAUUCUGUGUGGAGUUUGUGGGUUCUCUCAGUGUCCAUGUUGGUUUCCACCCACAAGUCAAAAGACAUGCAGUCAGGCCAGCCGAAGCUACUGAAAAUUGCCGUUUGUGCGUCUGUGUGGUUGUUUCCUGUAAAUUCUCCACACAUUCUCUAUUGGAGACAGGUCAGGACUGCAGGCAGGGCAGUCCAGUACAUGUACCCUCUUCUUCCACAGACAUGCCUUUGUAACGUGUGCAGCAUGUGGUUUUGCAUUGUCAUGUUGAAAAAUGCAUGAACGUCCCUGGAAUAGAUGACGUCUUGAAAGCAGCACAUGUAGCUCUAAGAUUUCAAUGUACUUUUCUGUAUUAAUGCUGCCAUCACAGAAGUGUAAUUGACCAGGAAUAUAAAUAAUCUGACCACAAUACACGUUUCCACUGUAUGAUGGUCCAUCCUAGAUGCCUCAGAGCCCAGAGAAGUUGACGCCGCUUCUGGACAUGGUUAACAUAAGGCUUCUUUUUUGCACAGUAAAGUUUUAAGUGGUAUUUGUGCAUGUAACUCUGUAUUGUAGUGCUUGAUAAAGGUUUCCCAAAGUAA